UUUGAAUUAGCUAGGAGGAGAGAAAAAGGAGGGUAGAGGGAAGAGGGAGAGAGAAACAAGAAGCAUAUUCCUCUUACAGUGGAUAGGUCACCCAGUUACCCAUCAAUAUAAAAGGCAACAUCAGUUAAUUUUGGUCAACCUGAAGAGGAGCAAAAAGGGACAUGUGCAUAUCAUAAUAGUAAUAAUAAAAUAAAAUAGAGUGAAAAACCGCUAACCAGAUUGGGGGCAGGUAGCCUGAGCAAAGACAACCAGUUAUAAGAAGUAUAAAGAAAAAAAAAAACACCUCCAGAUAGUCUUUUCCAGAAUGAGGCUCUGAUUGGUCAGGUCAUUCAUAUAGAGCUCCAGCCACCUAAAAAACAACAAAAAAAAAAAAAAAAAAAAAAAAAAAAAAGGGGGGGGGGGCUCGGACAGCUGCUUCCUGGAGACCGCAAGUGUGGAAGCAAGUGCUGCGCCCCUAGCCCCACAGCCUUCAAGAACCUAGCAGGAUGAAUGUGGGGGUGGCACACAGUGAAGUAAACCCCAACACUCGAGUGAUGAACAGCCGGGGCAUCUGGCUGGCCUAUGUCAUCUUGGUGGGACUGCUGCACAUGAUCCUACUCAGCAUCUCCUUCAUCAGCAUUCCUGUUGUCUGGACCCUGACCAACGUCAUACAUAACUUGGCUAUGUAUGUUUUCCUACAUACGGUGAAAGGGACACCCUUUGAGACCCCUGACCAAGGAAAAUCUCGGCUACUGACACACUGGGAACAGAUGGACUAUGGGAUCCAAUUUACUUCUUCACGCAAAUUCCUCAGCAUUUUUCCUAUUGUGCUCUACAUCCUGGCCAGCUUCUACACCAAGUACAAUGCUGCUCACUUCUUCAUCAACACAGCUUCAUUGCUCAGUGUACUGCUACCUAAGUUGCCCCAAUUUCAUGGGGUUCGUGUUUUUGGCAUCAACAAAUACUAAGGGACUGGAGACAAUGUUGAGACAAAGGGCUGUAACAUACUGGCUUCUCUACAAAAUCUUCUAUGUUCUGAAAGCCUGAUAACUAAAUAUACCACCUUUCCCAAACUCCAAGGAAGAGAACAGAUUCACAAAUGGGGCUCCCUGGCCUUAGGCCCCCUAAGAGCAAGUUUCUCUGACUUAAGUAAAAUAGUUGAGAUAAUGGCUAAAUCAUUUCACAGCAGGAAGCCAUGUUUGGGCAGCUUAUUUAGUGAUUAAAUUUUUCCAUUAUCUUCCUUCCUACCACCUUCCAGCUCUGGUUUGCUAUUUUCCUUAUAAUAAAGUUUUGUUGGUUUUUUUUUUUU